ACUAAAGGGAAAAAGGAAAGAGAAAACAAACAAACAAUGAGGAUUAUUCUUUUUUCUUGGCACUUUCUUGGGGUGUAUUCCGCCCUUUGGGGACUGGCAACAGGGGCUUUCCCCAGCUCAGUGCAGAUAGGUGGACUGUUCAUUAGGAAUACAGAUCAGGAAUACACAGCCUUUCGACUAGCUAUCUUCCUUCACAACACCAGCCCGAAUGCUACAGAAGCUCCUUUUAAUUUGGUUCCUCAUGUGGACAACAUCGAGACCGCCAACAGCUUUGCAGUGACCAACGCAUUCUGUUCGCAGUAUUCAAGAGGCGUCUUUGCCAUCUUUGGACUCUACGACAAACGGUCAGUGAACACGCUGACGUCGUUCUGUGGGGCCCUGCACAUCAGCCUGGUGACACCCAGCUUCCCCAACGAGGGGGAGGGACAGUUCACACUGCAACUUCGACCAUCUAUCAGAGGAGCUUUAUUGUCUUUGCUGGACCACUAUGACUGGAACCGAUUUGUCUUCCUGUAUGACACAGACAGAGGUAAAGCCCUGCUGCUGCUAAUGUGCUGGAAAAUGGGCAGUAAUGGAUGGUCUGUUUCCAAAAUAUAUCAUGUACCAAUGGAUAGUUUUAAUAAAAGUUGCAUUAGACGUACAUUGGAAAAACUCAACAGAAGGGAGAAAAUGUCCUUUAUUUUUUGGUUGAUGAAUGAACUUUUCCUCUCUGUGUGUUUGCAGGCUGUCAGCGUGGGGAAACAUGUGAAAAAUUAUCAUUACAUCAUAGCAAACCUGGGUUUUAAGGACAUAUCCUUGGAAAGGUUUAUGCACGGUGGAGCCAACGUGACUGGAUUCCAGCUGGUGGACUUCAGCAAACCUAUAGUUAUAAAGCUGAUGCAGCGCUGGAACAAACUAGACCAGCGGGAGUACCCUGGAUCUGAAAGCCCACCUAAGUACACCUCGUCACUGACCUACGAUGGUGUUCUUGUAAUGGCUGAAGCCUUCCGAACUCUUCGCCGACAGAAAAUUGACAUCAGUCGUCGUGGCAACGCGGGGGACUGCCUUGCCAAUCCAGCAGCCCCCUGGAACCAAGGAAUAGACAUGGAGCGGGCACUCAAACAGGUUCGCAUUCAGGGCCUCACAGGCAAUAUCCAGUUUGAUCACUUUGGUCGAAGAAUUAAUUAUACUAUGGACGUGUUUGAGCUGAAGAGCAAUGGACCACGCAAGAUUGGCUACUGGAACGACAUCGACAAGCUUGUGUUGAAUGAAAACCCUCUGACCAACGACAGCUCAGCGAUGGAGAAUCGGACCGUUAUUGUGACGACAAUCAUGGAGGGCCCGUAUGUGAUGCUGAAGAAGAACUGGGAGCUGUAUGAAGGCAAUGACAAGUAUGAGGGAUACUGUGUGGACCUGGCUUCAGAGAUCGCCAAGCACAUCGGUAUCAAAUACAAGAUCUCCAUCGUGCAUGAUGGCAAAUACGGAGCCAGAGACCCUGAGACAAAGAUAUGGAACGGCAUGGUGGGCGAGCUUGUGUAUGGGAAAGCAGAAAUUGCUGUGGCCCCACUGACCAUCACUCUGGUGAGGGAGGAAGUGAUUGACUUCUCUAAGCCCUUCAUGUCUUUGGGAAUUUCCAUCAUGAUCAAGAAGCCCCAGAAGUCUAAACCAGGCGUUUUCUCUUUUCUGGACCCGCUGGCUUAUGAGAUCUGGAUGUGCAUAGUGUUCGCUUAUAUCGGAGUCAGUGUUGUCCUGUUUUUGGUGAGUCGCUUCAGUCCAUAUGAGUGGCAUGCAGAGGAACCAGAGGAUGGAGCCACAGAGCAGGGCCCCACCGACCAACCUCCCAAUGAAUUUGGCAUCUUCAACUCGCUGUGGUUUUCUCUAGGAGCCUUCAUGCAACAGGGCUGUGACAUCUCACCUCGGUCCCUGUCUGGACGUAUUGUUGGAGGUGUGUGGUGGUUCUUCACUCUUAUCAUCAUCUCCUCUUACACAGCCAACCUGGCUGCUUUCCUCACCGUGGAGAGGAUGGUCUCGCCUAUAGAAAGUGCAGAGGACUUGGCUAAACAAACAGAGAUAGCCUACGGGACGCUGGACUCGGGCUCUACGAAAGAGUUCUUCAGAAGGUCCAAGAUAGCCGUGUACGAGAAGAUGUGGUCUUACAUGAAGUCCGCUGAGCCGUCUGUCUUCACCAAAACCACGGCAGAAGGUGUGGCGAGAGUUCGCAAGUCCAAGGGAAAGUAUGCCUUCCUCUUGGAGUCCACCAUGAACGAGUACACGGAGCAGCGCAAGCCCUGCGACACGAUGAAAGUCGGAGGGAACCUGGACUCCAAGGGAUAUGGGAUUGCUACACCGAAAGGCUCACAGUUAAGAAACGCGGUCAACCUGGCCGUGCUAAAACUCAACGAGCAGGGCCUGUUGGACAAAUUGAAAAACAAGUGGUGGUAUGACAAAGGAGAAUGUGGCAGCGGGGGAGGGGAUUCCAAGGACAAGUCCUCCCAGGCUCUGAGCCUGUCCAACGUGGCGGGGGUCUUCUACAUCCUCGUGGGGGGCCUGGGCCUGGCCAUGCUGGUGGCCCUGGUUGAGUUCUGCUACAAGUCACGGGCCGAAGCCAAGCGCAUGAAGCUAUCUUUUUCUGAAGCCAUGCGGAAUAAGGCCCGUCUGUCCAUCACAGGAAGUGUGGGGGAGAACGGCCGUGUCCUGACUCCAGACUGCCCCAAAGCCGUGCAUGCUGGCCACGCCUCCCUCCGACACCCCGGCCUUGCAGUGGUCUCCUCCGGACUGCCCUGAAAAACCAAAAACACCUGCCGUGCCUUAACGACACACAAAGACUCCAACAAGACGCAGACAGAAACUCGACGUACAACAACACCACAUCCACACGCAAAAUCACGUAACAGAAACCCUAUAAAACUUCUCAGAUACAGACAUUUUUAUUACACACGUGAACUCCUGAAAACAAUCAUUUCACCGUCCUGCUGCCGCUGACUCGUUGUGCAGGAGACAAAGGAAGAACAGCUGUGGAGGGAACGCUGUGAGAACGAUGGACAUUUAGAACGUCACACUUCAGCAUUAACUUUUUUCUAUUGUUAUUCUUUUCGGGGAGAACACUAUCGUGAUAACAUCAAGCCAACAUGAAAGCCAGCACAGAUUUUACAUAACAUGAAAAAAGAAAAAAAAAGAAGACAACCACAAACCCAAUGAUGAUGAUUAAAAAAGAUAA